CAGCCAACGGCUGCCAAGCACCAACUGAGCAACGACCACAAAGGCGCCUGCCACCUUCAUAAAGUCGGCGAAGGACGCGCCACGCGCUUCCAUGGUUCAGCAUUCAGUGCUUGUUUGCUGCUCUUGGAUCUGUUCUCGGUUUAAUUCCUCGAUCCUUCUGCUUCUGCGUUGGCGUCUCUGCGAUCAACAACCAUGAGCGCCGCGGCCAUGGGAGCGGCGAUGGACCCUCAGACCCGCUCCAGGCUCGUCCACAUCCCGCUGGAGGUCCUUGUUCGCAUCACUUACUUCAUCUCGACGACCGACCUAGGAAACGUACGGCUGAGCUGCAAGGCCCUGGAGCGCGGUCUUUUCAAUUUCUUCUCGCAUGAGUUCUUCCGCAAGAAGCAAUUUAUGGCAAGCUCCGCCAGCCUGCAGGCGCUCAUCGACAUUUCGAAUCAUCCGACUCUCUCCCCCGUCCUCAAGCAUGUCAUCAUCGGCGCCGACCGCCCGGGCGAACGAACAAGCAGGACAGACCAACAGAACGCCGCCCUGCUGGAGCUCGCCAACGCAGACUUCGCGAACUUGCUGGCCACAGGGGGUCUCCGAGACAUGCUUGCUGAAGCCUUCGCCAACCUGAAGAACCUCGAGACCGUCGACAUCCGCGACUUCAACUCCCAGAGCCGCAAUCGCGACGGACUGGGCACUCCAUGGCGUAGCUACGGCUCCACAACACUGGCUGCGUCCACGAACACCGUCGUCGCCAUCAAGCCGCGUUCGAAUCCGGACCCUUACAUCAAUCAGCUCUUUAGCGCGGUCACCGCUGCCUUAGCUGUCGCAAAAGCGCGCCCAACGAGUCUGGAAGUUCUCAUCAGAGGUGCCGACUGGCGUUAUGCGUGGGGGCUUUACGACUCCGCCUUCUAUAUUCCGCCGCGCAUGGAAGCAUCCAUCGUUCCGGUUCUGGAGGGUCUGCGGUCGCUCCACCUCUCUCUCAUGCUCACCGGUACGGCCGUCACGCGACCCUUCAUUGUCCAGAAGUUCUUGUCGCGCGCAUCCAAUCUGACGUGGCUGCGCUUGAACUUUUCCCGCACCACGCGAUCGGACUCGCAGCAUCUUCUCUCUUGGCUCGCACUCAACGAGGCCGACAACCCGCCGGACUCGUUCGACGCGCGCCCCGUCCCGUUCCGCCAUCUUGAGCGGCUCGAUCUGGGUGGUGUCGAGACGGACGCUGCGACCAUCAUCAAGCUGGUCGCCAAGUUCGCGCCCACCCUCACCUCGCUCUAUCUCCGGAGAGUGUGCCUCUUCGACAGCGAAAAUCGCCACAGGUCGACCAAAGUCAACCCCUGGGCUUCCUUCUUGACUGCGCUUCCCAGGGUGCCGGGCGCGAAUCUCCGCGUGGUGGACCUCAGCUGCAUUGCGCACUCCUUCGAUGGAUGGAGGGGCAAUGUGUCGUUCAAGACCACAGAUUCGGCCCCGUAUUCCAGGGAGUGGAGGUGCUCAACCAACCUCGUUACCCUGGACAAAGCCGUUGCUGGGGCGGUUGCGAUUAUGACGGCUGACAUGCCUCCGGAACCUAGUCCUGAUCCUAUGGAUGGUAUGUGCAGGCGGUUGUUGGGUGCCGAAGGGGAGGUAUGACUGACGCUUCUUGCAGAAGACACUUCCGAGGAGGACGAAGAUGAAGAUGAAGAUGAAGACGAUGAAAACGACGACGAGUAGGUAGGAGCAGCAAGCGAAGGGGCGGGGUCUCAAAUGGGGUUGUU